AUGAGCCCACUUGACGAUGAGCCGGAAGACGAUCCUUAUAAGCAUGUGACAGAGGAUUCGGUUAAUAUCCCUCUAGAAAUGAUAUUCUCGGUAUGCCGGUUUAUUAAGGAGAUUCAUGCGGCCUCUCUGCUUGUUAUUAACCAGUUGCGAACUAUCUGGGUAGGUUUAUCUCUCGUGUCCGCUCUGUGUCCCGACAAGCAUUUUAGCGCAUGA